UUUGCAGUGUUGACUACUUGAAUGCAACAACAGAAUACUGAAAUCUGAAUAGAUGAUUACAGUUGACUACAACCAUUAGGGUUUAUCUUACAAACGUAAAGUAAAUACGAAAUAGACAGCGGUAAACAGGACGUACCAUAACACUUUGUUGAUGGUAAUGACAUUAAACCAACAGUGUGUGAAACGGAAUAUGUUUGCGUGUGACUAGAAUCACUUGGAAUUGAUCAGUUGGAUAAAAAAGUAAAAAUGCAUCGAAGUAUAGGUAAACGAAUUCGCAUGGAUGAUCCUCCUCCAAUGGAGUAUGAUGUUCCAUCUACACCAGGGAGUUCUAUUCAUCCAAGCCCUAUGACACCUAGUAGAUCAGAUUAUCAAGAACAUUACAACCCUUAUGCAAAUUAUCAUAAUUAUCAAACACCAAGAUCUGAGGUCUUCAACAUGGACCAUUAUCAAGAACCUGGAGUAUCAGAUAAUAAUUAUGAACAAAUGCCGGUUAUUCAGCCACUUCAACAAUCACAAACUAUAAUGACAUAUGAAACACCUCCUCCUCAUGUUUCUCCAUCAAUUCAUGAAGAAAUAAAUACACAAGAACGUCAAUCCCCCCAAAUGCCAGUUCAUGAUGCUAUGUCUAAUUUACAUUUAGACAAUCAAAUUCCAUCUACAAGUAGUGGUAUUAUUGAUUCACCUAGUGGUGGUAUUGUUGAUUCACCUAGUGGUGGUAUUGCUGAUUCACCUAGUGGUGGUCGAGUGACUAGAGCAAGAACUAGAGGAGCACAAUAUCCACCUCAAAGAUCUACUAUGUCACCAUCUCCACCUCCAGAAAAAAAACCAGAAAAACGUAAGCCUGGAAGACCUCCUGGCAGACCUGCAGGAUCAAAAAAGCAACAUGUUCAAAUACAACCUGUCGAUUUGCAAUUAGAAAAUGAUGGAACUUUGUAUGGUUCAAUUAGAAAUGGUCGUGUUUCUUUACAGGUCACUGUUGAUGAUUGGAUCGAACAAUAUAAAAUAAAUAGAGAUGAAGCACUUUUGGUUUUGAUGCAGUUCUUUAUCAAUGCUGCUGGUUGUAAAGGUGUCAUAACACCAGCAAUGUCUGAAAAUAUGGAGCAUGCAGCUAUUAUUAGAAAAAUGACGGAAGAAUUUGAUGAAGAAAGUGGAGAAUACCCUCUUAUUAUGAGUGGAAUUCAAUGGAAAAAAUUUCGAUCAAAUUUUUGUGAUUUUGUUGGUCACCUUGUAAAACAGUGCCAAUAUUCUAUUAUAUAUGAUCAAUAUUUAAUGGAUAACAUGAUAUCACUUUUAACAGGUUUAUCAGAUUCUCAAGUUCGAGCAUUUAGACAUACAGCUACACUUGCAGCCAUGAAAUUAAUGACGGCUCUAGUUGAUGUCGCAUUAAUUGUGUCUGUCAAUUUGGAUAAUACUCAACGUCAAUAUGAAGCUGAGCGUCAAAAAGCUCGAGAUAAAAGAGCAAGUGAUCGUUUAGAAUCAUUAAUGGCUAAACGACAAGAACUUGAAGAAAAUAUGGAUGAAAUUAAAAAUAUGUUGACAUAUAUGUUCAAAUCUGUAUUUGUUCACAGAUACAGGGAUACCUUACCAGAAAUUAGAGCAAUAUGUAUGGCAGAAAUAGGAGUUUGGAUGAAAAAAUUCCAUCAAAAUUUUUUGGAUGACUCGUAUUUAAAGUAUAUUGGUUGGACUUUGCAUGAUAAAGUUGGUGAAGUACGGUUAAAAUGUUUACAGGCCUUGCAACCUUUAUAUGCUUCUGAAGAAUUAAAAAGUAAAUUGGAACUUUUCACAAGUAAAUUUAAGGAUAGAAUCGUGGCAAUGACAUUGGAUAAAGAAUACGAUGUUGCAGUUCAAGCUGUCAGAUUAGUCAUCAGUAUUUUAAAACAUCAUCGCGAUAUUUUAUCAGAUAAAGACUGUGAACAUGUUUAUGAACUUGUUUACUCCUCACAUCGUGCAGUUGCUCAAGCUGCUGGAGAGUUUUUAAAUGAACGUUUAUUUAAACCAGAAGAAGAUACAAAAACUGUUAGAACAAAACGAGGAAAAAAACGUUUACCAAAUACACCUUUGAUACGAGAUUUAGUUCAGUUCUUCAUUGAAUCAGAAUUGCAUGAACAUGGAGCCUAUUUGGUUGAUUCACUGAUUGAUUCUAAUGAAAUGAUGAAAGAUUGGGAAUGUAUGACUGAUUUAUUGUUAGAAGAGCCUGGUUUAAGUGAAGAGCGAAUGGAUGAUAGACAAGAAACGAGUUUAAUUGAAUUGAUGGUGUGUUGUAUUAAACAAGCGGCAACUGGAGAAGCACCUGUUGGGCGAGGACCAAAUAGAAAGAUGAUGUCAGUAAAAGAAAUUAAACAAGUUCAAGAUGAUAAGCAGCGAUUGACUGAACAUUUUAUAAAAGUGUUACCCCCAUUAAUUGAUAAAUAUAGAGCAGAUGCUGACAAACUUAUUAAUUUGUUAUCUAUACCUCAAUAUUUUGAUUUGGAUAUUUAUACAACAUCAAGACAAGAAUCUAAUUUAGAUUUAUUGCUUAAAAAAAUACACUUGGUAACUGACAAACAUCAAAACGACGAAGUCCUUGAAACUUGUGCCAAAACUUUAGAAAUUCUUUGUUCAAAAAACAAUUCUACAUUAGCUACCAGGUGCAGUGUUCAAAAAAGUACACUAAUGGACACCAUUACUAAUAAACACAGAGAAGCUAUGGAUGAUUGGAACAAUCUAAUUGAAGGAAAUGAAAAACCUGACGAUGAUGAAAUCUACAAUGUGGUAAACAGUAUGAAAAAGAUUUCUAUAUUUUAUUCAUGUCAUAACUUAGGGCCUUGGAAUUUGUGGGAUAUAAUUUUCAAAGACUUAAAAAUGGCCCAUGAAGGUUCAAAACCACUACCAGAAGAAGCUAUCAAAUAUAGCAUUGCUGCGUGUAUGUUUGCUACAAUGUGGGAAUUACACAGUGUUGAAAAUGUUUUGGAAAAUGGACGUAAUGAAGAUAUAGAAGAACAAGUUGCACAAGUUAAAACUAAGCUCUUUGAUUUCAUGGAUGUUCUUCGUGGAAUUUUGGCACAUUCUACUAAUCCUUUAUUCAAGGAAGAGGCUUAUAUAUCAAUAUGUGACUUACUUGUCGUUUUUUGUAAUCAAUUGGGUGUUAAACAUUAUCCAGUCCUGGGAAAUCUAAUUUAUGAUUCUGACAAAGAACUUCAAGAUUUAUUGAAUAAUUUUAUUCAAAAAAAUGUAUUUGUUUAUGAAGAAGAAGGUGUUCAAGAUGAACAUUCAAAAAUUGAAGAACUACAUAAAAGAAGAAACUUUUUAGCAUCUUAUUGUAAAUUAAUUGUAUAUGGGAUGAUUCCGGUUACUUGCGCAGCAGAUAUCUUUAAGCAUUAUGUCAAAUCAUAUAAUGAAUAUGGAGAUAUUAUUAAAACUACAAUUGGAAAGGCCCGUGAAAUUAAUAAAGUAAUUUGUGCCAGAACUAUGGUUGUUAGUUUAAUCACAUCAUUUAGAGAACAACAAAUCAACUGUGGCACGUUCCGUAUCUCAAGAUCUUCUCAAGAGUUCAGCAGUUUAAAGGAAUUGGCCAAAAGAUUUGCAUUAUCAUUUGGGUUGGAUGCAUUAAAAAAUCGUGAAGCUAUGGCAGCUUUACAUCGUGAAGGUGUUUUAUUCGCUGUAGGUACUGAUGAAGGAAUUGCUCAAGAUGAUCCAUCGGUACCACCUCCACAUGUUGCAUUUUUGGAGAUAUUAGCAGAAUUCACCAACAAACUACUUAAACAAGAUAAACGCAUUGUUCUUAACUAUUUGGAUAAACACAUAACAUCAGCAGUUCCCUCAAGUCGCAGUGAAGAUUGGCAGCCUUGGGUCAUUUAUAGAAACAGCUUAAUGCAUGGUGAUGCUGAACCUGGACCAGUAACUUCACGGCGAGCAUACACACGUAGAAACAAAAAAGAAACUUAUGAUGACGAAGAUGAUGAAGGGUCAGAUCAAGAUUUUGGAACUCCAAGUAUACAGAAUGAGGCACCAUUAAAGAAAAGGAGAUCAAAGAUUAUUAAAUCAACAAGAUCACAAGAUAGCCGCUCUGAAUUGAACUCUGAUGAAACUAAUUGGUCGGACAGUACUGUAGCUGGUGGCUCUCGCCCAACACGUCAGUGCAUUAAUCGUUCAAUACCCUAUCGUUAUAUUCAAGAAGAUGAUGAUGACGAUGAAUAAUGAAGCAUAAUAGUUAAAUAAUUAUUAACUCCACUUACCUUUUUAUUUAAGAUGAUUUAUUUGUUUUACUGAAAUCUUAACAAUAUAAUGUAUGAAACAAGC